AUGAACCUUGGACUGCACCCCCACCAAGAUCUGGUGGUUUUGGCAGUGCCGUUGCGGCUGGAACGGGGGUGCAUAUGGGGUGAGGUGGUGAAUGGCCGCCGCCGCCAAACAGUCCCGGCCGCCGCCGGCAGCCACAAGACGGGACCACAGCGGUGCACUUUACUCGCUGUGUGGCUUGGAACAUCUGUGUGGCCGAAGCGUCUCCAACCCGGCCUAAACCUCAUCGCUGCUGUUGAUUCGACUCUUUUGCAGCUCCGAUUGUGGACUCGUUCUCUCGUCACCUCUCACCAUCCCACCGCACUCCCCCACAAGGCACGAGACCCGGUCCCCGACACAACCGACUCCUGCUCUCUGCAUCUCAAUCAUCCUCUUCGAUUUCUGCCAGGAGCACAGCCGUCCAGUCGCCUGACUGCAGCCAAAUUAGUGCCCCUCCUUCGUCGACGAGGACCCCUCUCCCGCACCGCAGCCGCAAACGCACCCGAAGAGUUUUGCCUCCGACGACUCUUGAUUGUGCCUCAGCCUCGUCCAAGACAUUCGCCUCGACAGCUGUCUUUUCACUGCCAUCGCAAUCCCGCCGAGUCGAGCGCCGAUCUACCCCCCACCACCAACCCGAUGCCACAGCCUCUCAGUGCGAAAGAGGCUUCCCUCUUUCGGUCCGUCAUCCGCGCCUAUGAGGAUAAGCAGUACAAGCGCGGCCUCAAGUCCGCCGACCUCAUCUUGAAGAAGGUUCCCAAGCAUGGCGACACCAUGGCCAUGAAGGCCCUGAUCAUGAAUGCUCAGGGCAAGACCGACGAGGCCUUUGCGCUCGGCAAGGAGGCCCUGACCGUCGACAUGAAGUCGCACAUCUGCUGGCACGUCUACGGCCUGCUGUACCGCGCCAACAAGAACUACGAGGAGGCUAUCAAAGCAUACAAGUUCGCGCUCAGGCUCGAGCCCGAAUCUGCCCAGAUCCAGCGAGACUUGGCCAUCCUUCAGGUCCAGAUGCGCGAUUAUGCCGGCUACAUCCAGAGCCGCACAGCUAUGCUCCAGGCUCGGCCUCAGCUGCGCCAGAGCUGGACUGCGCUGGCCAUUGCUCACCACCUCUCAGGCGACCUUUCCGCUGCCGAGAACGUCCUCACCACCUACGAAGGAACCCUGAAAGCUACCCCCUCCCGCGCCGACUACGAGAACUCCGAGGCUAUCAUGUACAAGAACACCAUCAUUGCCGAGCAGGGCGACUACCAAAGAGCUUUGGACCACCUUGAGUCCGCCGCCAAGCAGAACCUCGACAGAUUGGAGUACCUGGAGUUGCGCGCCAAGUACCUGCUGGAGUUGGGCAAGAAGGAGGAGGCCAUUGCUGCCUGGGAAGCUCUCGUCGAGCGCAACGCUGACCGCCCCGCUUACUUUGAGGGCUUGGAAAAGGCCCACGCCUUCUCCGACAGUGACAAGGACGCCAGGAAGCAGGUCUACGACACAUACGCCAAGAAGUUCCCUCGCUCAGACGCCCCUCGCCGUUUGCCUCUGAACUUCCUCACGGGCGACGAGUUCCGCGCGGCCGCCAAGGAGUACCUCACUUUGAUGUUCAACAAGGGCGUUCCCUCGACCUUUGCCAACCUGAAGCACCUCUACGCCGACUCUGCCAAGAAGGAGGCCUUGGAGGCUCUCGCUCAGGAAUACAUCAAGUCGCAGAGCUCUGCCACAGAAGCUGCCAACGGCGACCGCUCUAAGGGCGAGGCCGCCGCCUUAUACUUCUUGGCGCAACACUACAACUACCAUCUGAGCCGCGAUCUGGACCAAGCUCACAAGUACAUCGACCAGGCCAUUGAGAAGGUCAAGGACAGCGUCGACUUCCACAUGACCAAGGCUAGGAUAUACAAGCACCAGGGCGACCUCAAGAAGGCUUCUGAGACCAUGGACCAGGCUCGCCUUCUGGAUACCAAGGAUCGCUACAUCAACACGAAGGCCGCCAAGUACCAGCUGCGCAACAACGAGAGAGAGCAAGCUCUGAAGACGGUAGGCCUCUUCACUAGGGCCGAUACGGUUGGUGGGCCUCUCGCAGAUCUCCUGGAUAUGCAGUGUGUUUGGUUCUUGACAGAGGACGGAGAGGCUGCUGCCAGGCUGGGAGAUGACGCCUUGGCCUUGAAGCGAUUCCACACCGUUCACAACAUUUUUGACGUGUGGCAAGAAGACCAGUUCGACUUUCACAGCUUUUCUCUUCGGAAGGGCCAGAUCCGCGCCUACAUUGACAUGGUCAGGUGGGAGGAUCAUCUGCGCGACCAUCCUUUCUACUCAAAAGCGGCGCUUGAAGCUAUUCAGAUCUACCUUAAGCGCGCUGAUCGCCCGGCCACUAACGGUGCCAACGGUGCUGCGAACGGCGACGAUGCGUCCGAGAGAAAGAAGGCAGCUAAGAAGGCCAAGAAGGAGCAACAGCGUCUGGAGCGCGAGGCAGCCGAGCGCGCAGCCAAGCAGGACCCCAACAAGGGGAAGGCGAGCGAGGAGCCCAAGAAGAAGGACGACGACCCGUUGGGAUUGAAGCUUCUGGAUGCCGAGCCCUUGAGCGCCGCCAUGCGUUUUGUCACUCCCCUUUUGCAAUUCAGCCCCCAGAACAUCGAGGCCCAGUUCGCCGGUUUCGACGUCUACUUGCGCCGCAAAAAGUACAUUCUUGCCCUGCGUUCUCUCAACGCUGCGCGUGCUCUCGACGAGUCCAACGCCGGCGUUCAGGAGCGCGCCCACAAGUUCGCCGAGGUCAUCAAGCCCGCCUUGGAGAGCCUACCAGCCAAGGUCCAAGAAGUCAUCAAGUCCGAGUUCAAGGCGCCCGCAUAA